CUGCGAUUCAGUUGCCAACAAUCUCUCGAACUGUUAACGUGUCAAGCGGAAAGUUGCCGUCCAAAUCGACUUUAGAAUUGUAGUGCCUUUACGCGUUUCAAAAGUAUUAAACUUGGUUUCAGUGCGGAGUGCAGCUGCCCAAAAGGAUAACACUACCGCGAGCGAACAAAGGCAAACGAAAGACUUAGGAAGCGAACGCGAUGAUGAUGACGACAGGAAAGAGGCCAGAUAGCCAGGGCCUUUGGCUCCUGCCCGCGCUGCUGUUUCUGGUUGGACAGGUCACAACACAGGAACCACCGGCUGCCCCAUCCGAAUUCGCCCCCCAUGUAACGGCCACUUGCAAGGCGGGCACAAUGAACAUCAAGGUGAAGAUGAGCUCCGGCUACACGGGCGCCGUCCACGUCCGGGAUUACCGCACUCCGGGCUGCAUGGCCAUGGGCGAUGGCAGUGACCAGGUGGCUUUUAGCCUCAAUCUGUGGGCCAAACAGGGCGCCAGCGACUAUUGCGGCAUCCUGGUCAGCAACGUGAGUGGGAGCAAUCGAACGGAGGAGCGCUCCAUCCAACUGGCCGUGCGUGUGCACAAGACCCUGGAAUUGGCGGACGAUAAGUUUUAUGUGAUUACCUGUGGCAAAUCGGGCUAUGCGCGCGAUGACAAUGCCCAUGUGGUGCUCAAGUUCCUGGAGAACGACCACAGAGUGCGUGAGACGGUCUACGGUCACGAGUACAAGAUCCGCGCCGAGUUCUCCAAGCCAAACGAUACCUAUGGCCUGCGUGUGGGCAACUGCUUCGCCUUUGACAAGAAGAACAGGACCCAAAAGCUCACCGACGACAGCGGCUGCCCCUAUGACUCGAAGAUCAUCAGUCGCUUUGUGCCCACAGCAGAUGGACGAGCUGCCGAGGCGGUGCUCUCCUCGAUGUUCAAGUUCCCCGAGGGAUCUGAGGUGCAUCUGCAGUGCGAUGUGAUCCAGUGCUAUGGUCGCUGUGUGGAGAUCGAUGACUGCAACGAUGUGGCUCUGGCUGGAUUUGGCAAGGGCACCAAUGGACCCCGGAAAUUCGGUCCAAAUGAGGAGGGCUCCAGUUUGGCUGGCACCACCGUCUUUGUGCUCGAUCCCGCCGAGGCUAGAUUGAUCUCGGGCAAUUGCGACGAUGGCAUACGGCCCAGUUGGCUGCUGUGGCUAACCAUCACCCUGGGCGUACUCUUCCUGAUCAUGUUGCUGAUGAACAUCUUCCUCUGCACGGCAAUGAGCUGCAGUUGUGCCAAUACAGAGAUCAUCGAGAAGGAGCCAUCGAUUAUCGAGGAGUACGAUCCGUAUCGCAGUUGGCACGGCAGUCAGUACGGAUCCCGCUACUCGCUCCAUGGCAGGGAUGCCCACAAGGGCUACACCAGCGGUGGCUCCACGAUACACUCAAAUAGGUCUGAUAGAUAUUAAGCUGCCUACACGAAACAAACAUUCAAACAGUAAACACACACAACACACCUCUAUUCUACACUUCAAAAUGCAUCUGAUCUGCUCUCGCAAAUUAUUUUCUGGUGUAUUUUCUGCUGUGGAGCCACACACACAAUACAAAAACAAAAGCAUGCCAACAAAGUAUCUUGUAUCUGCGUAUCUCUAUGUAUCGUAUAUAUAUACAUCCUGGACAGCAAAGACAAAAAAACCAACAAUUACAACACAACAGAUCACAAAAAAAACAGAAAAAUCAAAAACAUAGAAUGAAAAACCAUUUCGUGCCUAGUACUGCAACUGUAAUUAACCGAUAGUAAUUUGCAUUUGUAUACUGUAUCUUUAACUAACUCUCUGCCCCUCCAUAAAAAAAGACAAACGGAUAACUAACUGCCAAUUUAAAGAGUUGCUAACUAAUCUGUCUUGAAGAACCUCCCUGAUCCCCUACUUUCUGCAAUUUGAAAUGUAUUGUAUUAAAUCCAAACUUAUCCAACGUACUUCGAAGGUCGAUGCCAAUCGAUAAUGAUAACGAUUAUGCAAUUGUGCAUUCGCGUCCAGGCUCUAGACAUUCCACGUUACACGGACAGCGCGCCCAUCGGGGACCGCCCAGUAAUAUAUGAUCAGAUCCCAAUCGAUAAGAACGCGACCAUAUUGAAAACUAAUUGUUUAAGCUAGCCUAAGUGUUUCCCAACUCUCCAUCUCGAGUUCAGAGUCUCAAAUGUACAUAACUGCGUGAAAAUGCUAGCCGACCUGCAAGUUUUCCAAAUUUUCUCCAUGCCGAUGGUGGAGACGAGAUGCCGCUGUAAAAUACUAAACUAAACGUACUAAAGUUCUCUUUGCCUAAUUUUAAUUCAACCACGUAACAUAAGUCAUUAGUCUGUCAUAAGUGCGAACGAAUGUGUAUUAGUGAAACGUUUCAAUUACUUGUAAAAAUAAAACAAAGGCAGGCCAACAAAAUUAAUUUAAAGUAUAAAGUCUACAAUAUAGUCUAAAAUGUUAAGCGACAAACAUUUGGCAAAUGCGUUAAACGUACGAAUUGUAAUUAUUUAAAAUGUAAUCAUUUAAUUUAAUAAAAACUAAAA